UCCCUCCCCUGGCCUCCAGGGCAUAUUGUCAGGUCGCCUCGAAACUGCUAGGCAAAGGUGUUCCAAGACGCUCUUAGAGAGGGAAGAAAGAGGCUUGAGAGUAAUUUUUUGUGACCGCCCUUGGCGGGCCCGGGCGGGGAACCCGCUCCCAGGGGGCCGCAGAUCGGGGAGGGGCCAGGCGGGGCUGUCACUCCUCCCCGGGUUGGGGCCGGCUCCGCUGGGAGUGGAGGCUCUUUAACCUCGCCGGAUUGCUCCUCAGCCAUGUCUAGGAUGUGGCUUCUCCUGCUUCUGAUGCUUACCUCUAUUGCUGGACCAUUGUCGAAAGGUGAUACAGCCCAAGUGACUGCUAUCGACUCUGAGGCAUUGAAAUUGAGUGAAAAUGUUAAUGGGAAGAAAUCUGAGUGCCAGGAGGGCCAGCAUGGUGAGGCCUGCUGUCAGUCAUGUCCUCCUGGCACGAGGAGAGCUACUGAUUGUGAUGCCGAACCAGCCAAGAGGAACAUAACAGACUGUGUGCCUUGCUCAGAAGGGAAGGACUACACAGACAAGCCACAUCGUAGUUCUAAAUGCCGAAGAUGUAAAAUUUGUGAUGAAGAACUGGGUCUAGAAGUGGAAAAAAAUUGCACCACGACCCAGGAUACCAAGUGCAGAUGUAAAUCAAACUUUUUUUGUAGUGUUCCUCCAUGUGAACACUGUGACCCUUGCAUUACGUGCGAACAUGGGAUCAUUGAGAAUUGCACACCAACUAACGACGCUAAAUGCAGAGAAGGAUCCGGAUCUAACUUAUACUGGUUGUUUUGCCUCCUGUUCCUGUUACUGAUUGCAGUAUUUUUACUAAAACGUUACGGGUUGAAAAGAAGGUGCAGGAAUGAAGAGGAUGAUUACCGUGUAUGUGGAGACUCAAAUACUGAAAUGGAGCAAAGGAAUCUCCCAGACAUUGACUUGAGUAAAUAUAUUAGUAGUAUUGCUGAACAAAUGGAACUGAAUCAAGUUAAAGAAUUUGCUCGGAAGAAUGGUAUCGAAGAAGCCAAAAUUGAUGAGAUUGAGAAUGACAAUCCCAACAACACUGCUGAGAAGAAAGUCCAGUUGCUCCGUUGUUGGUAUCAACGUCAUGGGAAGAAAGGUUUGUAGAGCUAAUAUAUUUACAAGUUUCAAGAUCUUGUGUGUGACUCUGCCUUCAAGGAUGUUUAAAUAAUCUGGUUGGGAAGACGGAAAUGGUUAAGAGUAAAUGCAGUGGCAUGUUAAGUACACAGAUAAGAGUGUAUUUAAAGGACAAAAGGUUGGGAUCAUGCUCUGUAGCUAGGAAUAUAAUUAGUGUAUUUGAAUACAAAUGUCUAUCCACAGGUUGACUGCAUUCCAAGAGUCAAUAGAAACUAACCUUUUGUUACAAUGUCACAAUCACUAGAAAGACUACUUUGUCUGCAAAUUACCUCCCCAACUCCCUGAAGAUUCUAGAGGUUUUACCAUAUUUGUAAACUUUGUUUGCAACUCUGAGAGGAGCAUAUUAACAAAAGCUCAUGUAUACAUCUGAAUGCAGAAUUUAAAGGUUCUACCUCAAAGAUCGUUGCCUAGAUUAUUGGCAUUUCAUUGUAAAAUAUUUCAAUUUUGAAUUCACACAGAAAAUGUCGACUAAAUUGAUGCAGGGUCAGUGAGCCGAGGAGUCAAAAGAAAGAUUUCUUAGACUCUCAAGAUCUGGCAGUAGUGCUCUUUUAUUUAGAGAAUAGUGUGGAAUAGCAUGGGGACAGGACC